AUGGUAUAUCGUCAAAUUUCCGAUGCCCCAGCUUUGAUUCACGCAAUUAUAAUUGGAGAAUUAGAAGAUGUAACCUACCUUUUAAACGCAAAAGAAGAUCCUAACGUACAAGAUUUUGAACAACGAAGCCCCUUACAUGCUGCUUCUUUCUUUGAAGCCGAUAAAAUAGUUGAGGUGUUAAUACAAAAUGGUGCAAGAGUCAAUUCCAAGGAUUCAAAAUGGAUCACUCCCCUUCAUUUGGCUUGCUUUGUUGGUCACCAGCCCACGGUUGAAGUAUUACUCAAACAUAAUGCAGAUGUGAACGUCAGAGACCGAUCCUGGCACACUCCUAUACACAUUGCUUCGGCAAACAAUUCCUUGAAUUGCGUCAAAAGUCUCUUGCCUCAUAUAACAAAUAUAAAUGUCACAGAUCGGGAAGGAAAGACAUGUCUUCAUCAUGCUGCUUAUAAUGGUCAUUUCGAAAUGGUCAAAUUCCUAUUAGAAAAUGGCUGUCAUGUUAAUGUUAGUGAUAAAAAAUUUCGAAGACCAUUACAUUGGGCUGUUCACAUGGGUCACUCUGACAUUGUUGAGUACUUGAUAGAAAAAGGAGCAGAUGUUAAUGCCAGAGACAGAGAUUUUUACACACCUCUUCAUGUGUGUAAUAACAGUUAUGAACUAGCACAAAUAUUAUUGGAAAAUGGAGCCAAGAUUGAUGCCAAGACAGCUGCUGGAAAUACUCCUCUUCAUCUUGCUUGUUUAAAUGGUUGUAAGAAUAUUGUCAUCGAAUUGAUUUGCUUUAAUGCUCCAAUUAAUGAAUCAAACUAUGCAGGACAAAGCCCUUUGCAGAUAUCGGCUGCCAGUACUCUUGGCGAAGAUUGUAUGAAAAUUCUUUUGACUGAAGGAGCUGAUAUUAAUCAUCAAAGUCUUGAUGGCAGAACUGCUUUGCAUAUGACAGCUAUUCAUGGUAGAUUAGCCAGAUCGAAAAUUUUAAUUGAUAAAGGUGCUGUAAUCGAUGCUACUGAUAAGACAGGUUGCACAACUCUUCACAUUGCUGCUUUGUAUGGCCAUGAAUUGUUAAGUAGAAUUCUAUUGUCAUAUGGAGCCGAUCCUUUAAAAAAAGAUAAUUUGGGUAGAACGCCACUUCAUUUGUGUUGCCUUGGGGGUUUCGUCGAAUGCUGUCGAAAAUUUGUUCAGCUAAAUUUGGAUUUGAAUGUCCAAGACAACUCUGGAAAAACGUCUCUUCAUUUAGCUGCUUACAAGGGUUCAAUUGAAUGUUUAGAUUUAUUAAAUACCUCUGCAUUAUGCUGCGGGAAAAGGAUGUUUAAUUGCGUGUACACUCUCGUCGGGAUCGGCAGUUCUGUAACUGUUAAAGAUGUAAGUGGAUGUACUCCUUUGCAUUUAGCUGCUGCCUACGACUUGGAAGGAAAAUGCGUUGAAUAUCUCAUUAAACAUAAUAAAGAUUGUGCAAAUAAUGAUAAUGAAGGUUUUACUCCGAUUCAUUACGCCGUUUUUGGGAGAAAUCAGGCGGGUUUGAAACAUUUACUGCAAAAUUAUGAUAAGAAAAUAAAUGAUGAUACCUGUUUAAAAAUUACAUCGUUGCACAUUGCAUCUUAUUAUGGUUUCAAUGAAAUUAUGAGACUGCUGUUGCCACUUUUUAAUAAUGUUAAUGUAAAAGAUGAAUUAGGAAGAACGCCUCUUCAACUAGCUUCUUUGAAAGGUCACUGCCAAUGUGUUCAGCUUCUUUUACGAUGUGGUGCUUUAGUCGCUGUUCACGACGACGUCAAUAAAAGAACUCCAGUUCAUGCGGCUGCUGUAAACGGGCACACAGAAUGUUUGCAGAUGCUUUUAGAUAAUGCAGAGACAACCGAUGUGGUUAAUUUUCGCGAUAACAAAGGUAGAACCCCUCUUAUGCUUGCUGUUGCUCACGGAUCGUCUAAUUGUAUAAUUGCGUUGUUGCAACACGGAGCCGAUGUUAACAUUCCCGAUUACAACAAUUACACUCCAUUGUUCAGGGCUACUUUUUUCGGUAACUUUGACAACGUAGAAUUGCUCAUUUGCCAAGGUGCAUCUGUAAAUGUCAAGGACUGUAACGGAAAAACUCCUGUUCAUAUUGCAGCUUUACGUGGAUUUCAUAAUAUAUUGGUAAUUCUGAUAGAACACCUUAAUGAAAAUAUAUCAUGUUUAGUUGAUCAACAAGACUGCACUGUACUUCACUGGGCCAGUUAUAAAGGAAAUUUUAAAUGCAUUGAGUACCUAGUCAAUAAUUUUAGCUGUGAUUCGUGGAAAGGAAAUUCUUUUACUCCUGUUCACUCAAGUGUUCUACACGGGAAAAAAAACUGUUUAGAAUUAUUGUUGAAUUAUUUUGGUGAAGGGAGUGUCAGCAUAAAAGAUCAUAAGGGACGAACUCCACUCCACAUUGCAGCACUGUGCAACAGUAUAUCUUGUUUGAAAUUAUUGAUUAAGAGAGGAGCAGAUGUCGAAUGCAAAGAUUCAAACGGUAGAACUCCGCUUAUAUUGUCCGCGCUGAAGGGGCACGCUCGUGCCAUAGAAAUACUUUUGAAAGCAAAAGCAGAUGCUACAAUCCAAGACAAUUCGAGUAAUACGGCGUUGCAUUAUGCUUGCGCCAUGAGAUAUCAUCUUUCCGCAAUGAUUCUUAUUCAAAAUUCUGAAAAUAAUUCCAUUGUUAACAUUCCCAAUAAGCAAAAAAAAACGCCUCUUCAUAUAGCAGCCAAACAGGGUCUCGUCACCGUCACUCAGUUGUUAAUUCAAAAAGGAGCCAACAUAUUAGCUGUCGAUUCUGACGGUUUAACUCCAGCCCUUUCGUGCGCACCAUCGAAAAACGUUGCACAAUGUUUAAAUAUAAUUUUGUCUCAUUAUCCUUCUUCAACGGAGUUUAAAAAAGCACGCAAGUGUAAUUCCAUUGGUACAAUCAGAGUCCGUAGAAUCCAUUGA